AUGGAUUUUUCUUCUAUUUCCAUGUUAACAGAACAAUCAGCAAAUAGUAGUAGUGGAGAACCUUUAUUGACAGAAAACGAAUCAGUAUCUGCAAAUAAAUAUAUGACAGAUAAUUAUAAUCGUCGACGAACAAGUCGUUCAAGUUUAAGAAAUUCAGAUUCAUGGGCACGUAAAAGAGCAUUAUUGCAUCGUGGUUAUCAAUGGACGACAACACUAGAUAGAGAACCUUCGAUAAACAAUAAUAAUAAUCAAAUGAUAGAAAGUCAUUUUUCGAAUAAUAUAAAAUCGUUACCAAAUUCUAUAAAUAAAUCAUCAGCGCAUACAAAUCAAGAGGAAAAUCGUCCAUCAACUGAAACACCAAUUAUAGCAGAUUCAAAAUCGAAUAAUACUCCUAAUAGUUUAUUUCAUCGACGACGAUCAUCUCGUCGUUUACCAGAAAUACCAGCUAUUAAUACAAGUAAUAAAAAUUCAUCAAAUAAUGAUACAGUAGCAGAUGAUUUAACAUUGACAUCAUCGUCACAUUCAUCAACUGAAUAUCCAUGUCAACUAAUACAAGAAAAUUCGCUUAGUACUUAUUCAAAUCGUUCAAAAAGUAUUGAUUCAGAAACAUCAUGUAAAAGUCGUUCAUCACAUGCAAAAUUAUUACACGCACAUCAAACACUAAAUGCCAAAUCAAUUGAUAUAUCAAAUUUAGCACGACAAAAAUCUUUUCUUAUUAUUAAUAAUACGUUAUUGCCACAACGUUCACUUGAUUACCCAUGUAUUGUUCGUAAAGCACAAGACUUAUCAGAUAUUGUUCGAACACGAAUGUUAUAUUCAAAAAUGAAUAAACAACAACAAGGAAAUAAUUUUUCUAUAAGUCUUGAACGUGAACAUGUACCAAAAGUUCCAAGAAAAAUUAUUAUACGACAAGAUAAUAGUAUUGAAAUUUCAUUAAGUCAACCAUCUAAACUUCGACGAAAUACUCUAUCAGAAGAUUAUUAUUAUGGCUGUAAUUCAGACGCUGAUUAUGGUAUGACACAAACAUCUAGUGGUGCAUCAACACUUGGUUUACCAUUGUCAGCUUCUAUAUCAGGUUCAACAAGUGGUGAUCGACGUAAAACAAUUGAAACAUGUGAAAAUAUUUAUUUACAUGCUGAAGAAAGUUCAAAAUUACGCGCACGUACACCACCAUCAAAUCCACAUAGAAUAUUACUUCAUCGUGAUAAAAAUGAUACAUCAAUGCGAACAAAUGGUCUUGGAAUGCGUAUUGUUGGUGGACAAGAAUGUGAAGAUGGAAGUCUUGGAUGUUUUGUAACAAAUAUUUUACUCGGCGGUCCAGCUGAUGUUCAAGGUAAUAUUGAAAUCGGUGAUCAAAUUCUUGAAUUCAAUGGAAAUUCUUUAAUUGAUUCAACUUAUGAAGAAGUUCGUAUGUUACAAGAUCAAUGUGGUGAUAUUGUACAAUUAGUUGUUCAACAUAAUAAUGUUCGAUUACAAAUCAAUGGUGGACAAACAUUAUCAUCUAUGGAAGUUUCAAGACAUUUUGAAACUGUACCACGUUUAUCAUCAUCAAUAACACGAAAGCGACGAAAUUUACCUCCAUUACCAUCUCCAUUAUCAUCAUCAUUUCCAAAACCACCAAAACGACAAUUAUAUGAAACAGUUGAAACACUUGAAGUACCAAAUGUUAAAGAACUUAAACCAAUAUUAAUUAAUCGUGGGCGUUUAUUAGCUCAAAUUUGGCAUGAUAUUGAAGACUUGAAAUUAGCUUUAACAAUAAUUCAAGCAAGUAAUCUUCCAUUACGAUCGAAUGGUGAUUUACCUUAUGCAUAUAUAACUGGUAAAAUGUUAUUUGAAGAUCAUGGUUUUGAUAUGUUUGAAACAAAAGUUAUUCAUUCAUCAAAUCCAGUUUAUAAUGAAACAUUUGUUUUUCAUGAAGUUGAAGCAGUUGAUGUACUUCAUCUUGAAAUAUAUCUUUGGGAUAAAAAACAUAAUAUUCAAAGAAAUCAUAGUAAAUCUAUUAUAACUACUGACAUUACUAAUGAUAAUAUAGAUGACUCGGAUGAUUUUAUUGGCAUGAUACAAUUACCAUUAAGUGAAGCUAAUCUUGAAGAUGAACCACGUUGGUAUGAAUUGCGUGAUCGUCAAACACGUAAACCAUCAACAACGAGUGUAACAUUUAAAUCAUCAUCAGCUGAAAGUAAUGAAAGUUUUCGUAAAAUGCCACCAUUAUUAAAACCAACUAAACAUCACGAACGUACAAAAUCAUCAGCUGAUUUAUUCGCAUGUGCAUUAAAUCGUUCAACAACAACAAAUAAAGGUGAAAUAGCAUCUGAUUUAUUACCAACAAAACGAAAACAUUCUUUUAUGCAAGCUCCUAAUCAUUCAUCAAAUAGAAAAAAUUUACAACGUGCAAGUAUUGCUGGUCCAAUAACAUCAACAAUUAUUACAAUGUCAAAAAAUGAUAAUGAUAAUGAUAAUGACGAUGAUGAGGAUGACGAUGAUGAUGAUGAUGGAAAUAAUCGACAACAACAAAAACGUCAGUCAAUAAUAGCUAUACAAUCUGAAAAAAUUAAACGUCAAAUAUCCAAAGGAUUAUCAAAAUUAUUUGAUGUUCAUACAAGACGUUUUAGUGAAUCAAUAUCUAAAUCAGUACCACAAAGUCCAAUAAAAAAACUACCUACACAAAUAUCAACAACUGUCGAUCAAGAAGAUGAUAAUGGUCUAUUACUGGGUAUUUCUAAUGAUAAUUCAACAAAUAUUGUUAAUAAAUCACCACGUCAAAGUAUUAUAUCAACAACACAACAAGAUGAACAUCAAUCAUCAUUAAUACGUCCUAUACCAUUACAACAAAUGCCUAUUGGACAAUUAAUGUUACCUUAUAUACCAUCAUCACGUCAUUCAUCGAUAUCUGGUUCAAGAAAAUCUUCAGCUGCAUCUUAUUGUGAAAGUGAGGAAGAUAUUGAUAGAUAUUUUACAUUAUCAGAACAACAACAAAGACAAGAACAACUAAAUGAAAAUAAUACUUUUCAAACGCAUAGUGCUGGUCCAGGACAAGUAACACCAAGAAAUUAUGAAAAUAUGAUUAAUGAUUUUAUACAUAUGGGACAAAUACAACUUGGCUUAAUUGUUACAAAAGGUCUUUUAGAAAUUGAUAUUAUUUGUGCAAGAGGUUUACAAAGAGCUAUUGAUGAUAUUAACACGAAUAGUACAAAUACUGAAGAUACUCCACCGGAUACUUAUGUUAAAACUUAUCUUCGUACUGGUACACGUCGUGUACAAAAACGUAAAACACGAACAAUAAAAGCUAGUUAUAAUCCUGAUUAUCAUGCAAAAUUAAAAUAUAAUGCUUGUAAUGUUAUGGGCCGUCGUUUGCAAGUAACUGUUUGGCAACGUGCACGUAAAUUCGAAAAAAAUCAUUGUAUUGGUGAAGCAUAUAUUCAACUUGAUAAUCUAACAUUAACUCAAUUAACAUUAGCUUGGUAUAAAUUGUUUCGAGAAAAACUAGUCGAAAGUGAGUUUUAUGAUUCAAGUUAA